UAUCCGCGGCAACCGCGACACAGUCUGCUAGACAGCGUCCAUCCCAGUGAGAGCUUGCAUCGGUCGUAGCUAGGAGCAAAAUGAGCGAGGGACGAAAGGCCGUAAUCAAGAACGCAGACAUGUCCGAGGACAUGCAACAAGACGCCGUUGAAUGUGCCACUCAAGCGAUCGAAAAGCACAACAUCGAGAAAGACAUAGCCGCCGCCAUCAAGAAAGAGUUCGACAAGAAGUACAACCCAACGUGGCAUUGUGUCGUCGGUCGCAAUUUCGGAUCGUACGUCACGCACGAGACGAAACACUUCAUCUACUUCUACUUGGGACAGGUUGCUAUUCUACUAUUCAAGUCUGGGUAGCUUCAUAGACCGGAAGAGACGUUGUGAUAUCCCUAUUUGAUAGUUGUGUAGAUUGCUAGUAUGUCUAGAUGUACAGUAAGUCGUAUGACACUGACUUCAUACACAGCAUGCCUAGAGUAAGUAGUGUGAACGUGUUGUCUGGCUACUUGGCAGUGUAACAACGGUGAGAGCCAAACCUA